AGUCGAAACGUCGCGAUCUACAUCUAAAGUGACUACAUCGUGUGACAAACGAUAAUACAUUUUAUUAUUGCAUCUUCCACGAUGAACAACAACACCCUUUUCCUCGAUACCUGAUAACAUGUCGGAUAAAACUUAUCAAAUGUCACGCAAUCGCUUUUCCGCGGUCAUCUUCAAAUUCUAUUUGCGACGAUUCUUGCUUUUUUCAACAUCUGAGGUGUUUGUCUCAGUAGUCAUAGAUUUUUAACAGUGUUGUAGUUUGAACUCGUACAUGGCUCACUUGAGAGUCGUACAGGGGGGUCUCUGGCACGGUUCACGAACGGAAAAAAUAGAGGAUCACGGAUCACGGAUAUAAAAAUUUCGUUUCCCUGAAUCACGAAAAUAAGCAAGUAAGAUACUCUUUUUGAUGACCUGUUCUCAUAGUAGAAGCUGUGUUUGAAGAAAGUAAAAUCGCGAAUGGCAAAGUCCAGGCUCCAUUUUGCAAAUCGCAUACCUAAGUCACUCUUGAUAGACGACUCUAACCAUUCGGAGGACUUGCGUCAUAAAAUCCCGUAGAAUAGAGUGGUAAAAUCGCGAAUAUCGGUUAGUAAUUCAGGUUCUUCACAAGUCACGCAAAACGUUUAGGUCACGAGUCACGAAGAAUGAUUUCCUAAAUUUACGUUUCCCGGAAAAUAAAAUCAGCUAAUCACACAUCACGAGAAUACCCCUGUACGAACCUCACAUGAACAUUGCUUAUUAAUAUGGCAGGCUUUCGUGGACCGACCCGUUCCGAAAACGAUCGACAUCUUUGUAUGUAAGAUGAACGUUUAGCGCGUGAUUCUUCCGAGGAUUUCUUCACAAAACACAAGUGGUCGGGACUGGAACCAACGCGCACUACCAAUCCCCCUUGGUAGUGCUCGAACACUCGACCGUCACGUGAUAACUAUGUUCUGCGCCUGUUCGCUCGUUCGAAGGUUCAGCUGUGUCGUGUUUCAAAUUUUGUUCUUUUCCUGCCAAGAAGGUAAGCAUCAAAUAUCCGUAACACUUUAAACUGAUAACCAUUAUACUAAAGAACCGUUUUACGGUUUAUAUCCCCCUUGACUGUUUACUAGUAAGCUUGAUUCAAUGAUGGAAUCUCUCUCGGCUGUCGUGUGAUUUUCGAGCGAUUUGUUUCAGUUCAGAGCAGUUAAGAAUUUAAUCGCUGUCUUUAUAGCUUAUAUCCCUGAUGGGAACAUGCCUUCGAAGUAGAUUUAUCGUGGUAAACAGGCGCAUCAGCGGGUUAGCGAGAUACACGAACGCGCGCGCGAAGUUCGAGGCAUCAAGUUCCUCGCCUUCCGCUUCGCGCGCGCGCUCGUGUAUCGCGCUAGCCCGCCUGUUCUGCAGGUUUUGAUCACUCAGAAGAUCAUAAUGCAAUGCGCCGCCAUCUUGAAAAUUUGGAGCUGGAACACAUGGCUCCACGGCUUCCGGAUUUGGAGCUGAAACACAUGGCUCCACGGCUUCUGGAUUAUGUGAAUAUGGAAAGAAUGCACAAUGGCAACAUUGACAGUGGUGGAAAACCUUACAAAUGUGUUCACUGUACCAAACGUUUUAAAAAGGCAGACUAUUUGCAAGAACACCUUAAAAUUCACAGUGAUGAGAGACCCUACAAAUGUACUCAAUGUGACAAAGGCUUUAGGCAAUCAGCAGGUUUAUAUUUACACUUGAAGAUUCACAGUGGUGUGAAACCCUAUAAAUGUACUCAGUGUGACAGGUGUUUUAGUCGGUCAUCCAGUUUGAGACAACACAUGAUGAUACACAGUGGUAAGAAACCCUACAAAUGUACUCAGUGCGACAAAUGCUUCAAGCAACCAGCAGGUUUAUAUUCACACUUAAAGACUCACAGUGGUACCCAUAAGAAACUGUUUAAAUGCACUCAGUGUGGGAAGUGUUUCCACCAUGCAGGUAAUUUGAGAUAUCACCUAAGAAUUCACAGUGGUGAGAAACCCUUUAAAUGUACUCAAUGUGACAAAAGCUUUAGAACUGUGGGAAAUUUGAAUAGUCACCUGCAAAUUCACAGUAAGAAACUCUUUAAGUGUACCCCAUGUGACAGGCGUUUUAGUCACUCAGCCAGUUUGCAAGGUCACAAGAUGAUAAAGUGUUGUCAUUGUGACAGUCUUUUUAGGCGGUCAGGCAAUUUGCAACGUCACAUGAUGAUACACAGUGGUGAGAAACCCUUCAAAUGUACUCAAUGUGACAAAAGCUUUAGUACUGUGGGAAAUUUGAAUACUCACGUGCGAAGUCACAGUGGUUUGAAAUCGUUCAAAUGUACUCAAUGUGACAAAUGCUUAAGUACUGUGGGAAGUUUGAAUAGACACCUGCAAAUUCACAGUGGCGAGAAACCCUUCAAAUGUUCUCAAUGUGGCAGGUGUUUUAUUCAGUCAGGCAGUUUGCAACGUCACAUGAUGAUGCACAGUGGAGAGAAACCCUUCAGAUGUACUCAAUGUGACAAAAACUUUGCUACUGUGGGAUGUUUGAAUAGACACCUGCAAAUUCACAGUGGCUUGAAACCCUUCAAAUGCACGCAAUGUGACAGCUGUUUUGGUCGGUCUGCCCAUUUGAAAUAUCACAUGAUGAUACACAGUGGUGUAAGACCCUUUAAAUGUACUCAAUGUGUCAAAAGCUUUGUAACUGUGGGAGAUUUGACUAGACACCUGCGAAUUCACAGUGGUGUGAAACCCUUCAUAUGUACUCAAUGUGACAAAGGCUUUAUAGCUGUGGGAGAUUUGAAUAGACAUCUGCGCACUCACAGUGACGACAAAGCCUUCAUAUGUACCCAUUGUGAGAAGUGCUUCACUCGAAAGGAACAUCUCUUGUCUCAUGGUAAAUCAUUUCACAGUGAUUUACCUGGUUAGCCAAUCUGGCAAAAGCUUUAAAGAUGACAGUUGUUUGAAAAGACACAAGUGUAAGGAGCUUUUCUUAGAAGAUCGGGAGAAAUGUACUCGUUAGAUGUGCGGGGACGAUUGUCACAACUGUUGAGAAAGUCAUUAUCAUUUGUACAAACAUGGAAUCCGAAAAGAGUAAACUGGUGAUGUUCUGCUGUGGUAAAAACGUUGGUGGAUUAGUAAUGAGAACUCUCAGCUGUAAAAGGAACGAUUUAGUUUUAAAGUGAAGUGUGCUGACAAAUCAAGAAUCACGUUUAUUUGAAGAGCGUGUUCUUCGGUAUACGAGUGUGAUAAACUUCACGCAACAGCGAAGUUUGUGUAAUCAUAGGGAAUCUGUCAAACAUUGUCAGCGUAGUGAAAACCUGUCUUAGUAAAUGAGCCUGGUGGAUGGGCGGGGCACUUCCAUAUGUCGGAAAUGUUAAAAUUAAUCACCUAAAGUAGUCUAAUCUGGUCGUUGUUGUAGCAGUUGUUGACCUUAAAAUAGAUGCCACUUUAAACAAGCAAAAAUGAUAAAAGCUGCCAUGAUUUCGAUGAUGCCAAAGGCGUGACGAUGGUUACUUUUUGAUGGCAAGACCACAAAAUAAGCAAUUUAAGCAUGGUGGCGCUUCUUUACUUUUUAAAUGCUAAAAUGUUUGGAGUUUUGUCCUAAACGCCUUAACUGAGACCAUACGUUUCUAAGUUGCACCCAUUAAGCAAGACGACAAACGUGUUGUCUCUUAGAUAUGAGAGUACCAACCCCCCCCCCAAUCCAUCGAGAUCCCCUUCACCACCCCAGCUAACUAAGACCUUGAUACUUAAAGACUGACUUAAAGAUUGUUUAUGAGUAGAGUCCUUUCUUUAAGAAAAGAAAGACUCUAUAAGAAAUGAGAAAACUAACUUGACUUAUAUUUUGACUUUUAGCGUUUUUAUCUGGCGUAGAUUAACACAAAAACAUGAUUAAGCAAAAAAGUUAAAAGUAUAUUGUAUCCUUUUUUAGUGUUGUUUUGAUAUAGGUUAUGGAGUGGGAUUGCAGUGUAGGUUUAGGUUUGUUUUGUUAUUAGAUUUAUCUAAAACCUUAUCGCAGCAAUGCUCGGGUUCGUUGAAUCAUUUACUUGUACAUGAUUAAAUUGUUUUGUGUACAGAUGUAUCUUUGUUAGGUUUUAGGAUGCUACAUUUCUAUAAUAUAUAGUACUGUAUUUCCUCUGCAAAGCUGAUGCCAUUGUUAGUAGUAAUCAACUAUCAUAUUGAGUAGGGUUUCAGAUUUUCCCUCGGUUGUAUUUCAUGCAGAAGCAGAGUUGUCUACGGAAUUAGGUUUUGUUUCGGAGGGGAAGGUUACUUCCCGUUAUGCGAUAUACAGAUAAACAUAUUGCCAUGAUGAUAUGACCACGGGUUCAGUAGAAACGAUAACAAACUGACAGGAACAAGGAGUAACAUUUUUAUCGAUUUAUAAUAAAAUAUGCCAGCACACAGCGUUAAUUGUGUUGAGGUAAUAAAGUUCUCUUGUAUAUAAAGUAAAUUCCUAGAUACAAUACUGUUAAACACGGUAAACAUGGCAUCAGAUAUUUAGACACCUUCCUGUAAAACAGGUUAAGAUCAGAACCACGCGAUGAGGCCCCUCUACAGACGUUCAAAAAGGCUGUGCGUACUCUUGAUGUGCAGAGCCCGCUGGACGGUGCAUGUUGCUUUUGUAUAUGUUUAUCUAGAACAGUGUCUCCAAUUAGCCUCCUAG